GAACCGAAUUCGCAGUUGAUGCUUCAUACUAGCCGGAACCGACCGAUUCGGUUACCAGUUUCAAAGAACCGCAGGUCACAGAAUCGAGUCCGGUUCUAGGCUGGGAACCGCAUCCACUCGAGAACCAAUCAUCCCUACAGUGAUUAGGGUUACGUUGAAAUUUGAAAUCUCGUUAUUUCUGUACUUUGUGUUUUGAGUUGUGGGUGGCAUGACCUGUUUGAUAAAAUGGAUUGUGAUACUUGUAUCUUUAGUAUCCAAACUGGUCGGAAUUCAAGUUGUGCUCAAAAGGAGAAAAAAGUGAUUUUGUGUUUUUCUCCAAAUUCUGUUUCAGUGACUGGCGGAUCAGUAAAGCUUUUUGAUGGAGUGCGUGGUCCAAGGAAUUAUAGAGACACAGCAUGUUGAGGCCCUUGAGAUUCUUCUGCAAGGUCUUUGUGGUGUUCAAAAAGAACGCUUGAGGAUCCAUGAGCUAUGCCUGAAAAGUGGUCCAAAUCUAGGUGCAGUACCCUCAGAACUUCGAAUAUUAUGUGAUCUUGAGCAACCAGAACCUAGUUGGACUGUUCGGCAUGUUGGGGGAUCAAUGAGAGGUGCCGGUGCUGAACAAAUUUCAGUUCUUGUGAGACCCAUGGUAGAAAGCAAAGCAAGCAAGAAUGUGCUUCGUUUCUUUUAUGUUCUUGGCUAUAAAUUGGACCAUGAGCUGCUGAGAGUGGGAUUUGCCUUUCACUUCCAGAGGGGUGUUCAGAUUACUGUUACUGUGUCUUCAGUAAAUAAGAUGUUAAAACUACACGCGACUGAUGAGGCUUUGCCGGUGACACCUGGUAUGCAGCUGGUUGAAGUAACCGCUCCUGCAACAUCAGAGAAUUAUACUGAAGUUGUUGCAGCUGUGACUUCAUUUUGCGAACAUCUUGCUCCGCUCUUGCAUCUGUCAAAGCCAGGCAUCUCAACAGGGGUUGUUCCAACAGCAGCUGCUGCUGCUGCAUCUCUCAUGUCUGAUGGUGGUGGUACUACUUUAUAACAGGAUCAUGAAGAUGUAGUAGGUCAUCUAGUACUACAUGUUGCACCCAUUGCUUCUUUGUUGUCGAAAUAUAGGUCCUUCCCAUGGUAUAGUGGUAGUUAUUCUGUUUCUCACCUAACUGUGCAGUGAUGAACCAACCAAGAAGUGAUAUGGCACUCUACUCUUUUGGUUCUGGUAUCGUAUCCAACAUUCUCAGAGUAAGCUUCUCAUUAGGUCAUUCUAGCUUGGCUAGAUUCUCAAUGGUUUAAGCUGGCUGUGGCAGUCAACAUUCCCCAGUUCUCCUGUAAUUUGUUGAUUGCAAGUUUUUAGUGAUUGUUACAGACCCCUUGAGACAAUCAAUGGUUAACUUUAUUUAUUGGGGCCUAUUGUAUAU